GUACGCUUUGCCUGCUGGCUGUAUUCCACACUUCUAUCCCCAUCUAUUAUUGAUCGCAUUGCUGUCCUCUCAGUUGAAAUAAAUCGGAACGUCGGUCGUCGUCCCACCACCCUCUCAACAUGGACGGGGACGACCUCAUCGCCUCGGUCUACCGCAAGAUCGAGCGGGAAAAGGCCCUGAUCGCCGCCGCGUCCAAUAUGCGACAGUCAACCGACAACCCCCUCGUGCAACAGAGAGUUGAUGCGAAUAUUCGUGAUGGUCGGAAGAACAUUGCUUACCUAGAGGAGAAGAUGAGAGAGUUGCAGCUACGUCGAGACGGAGGAUCCCCCACAGACAAGCGUCUCCCGCCUGAACCGGGUGCAGGACCAGCCCCUCCUCCGAAGGACUAUGGUUCCGGCUAUGACGAGUAUGACGCCUCGGGGGCUUACCCGCAAGGAGGAUCUGGUUCCAUGCCGACAGGCGCUCCCUUUUCAGAUCCCCGGCCUUUCGCUCCUGUUCCCAAGGCCCGGCCGAAUUUCUCUAAACUUGGUAUGCUUUACCUGUCGCUCAGCACCGACAGGGGCCUUGCAAGCUUCCAGGAUGUCUAACUGACGCUGUGCUGUGUUCAGACUUGAUCAAAUAUGAUACCCCGUAUCUCGGACCUAAGAUCCAACUCAUGUUGUCCCAACUCGAAUUUAAAUUGAGUGUUGAAAAGCAAUACAAAGCGGGUAUUGAGAAGAUGGUUCGCCUGUAUCAAGAUGAGGGUGAUAGGAAGAGUCGCGCAGAUGCUGAGGGUCGGCGGAUCGAGAGCAAUCAGAAAAU